GUAGGACUUAUGCAUAUUGGUGUUUUCAUCCUCUUACUACUUAGUGGCGAGAGGAACUUUGGAGUCCGUUUGAACAAACCCUAUACAGCUUCUGUACCCAUGGACAUACCCGUUUUUACUGGGACACAUGCAGAUCUUAUGAUUAUUGUAUUUCAUAAGAUUAUCACUACAGGACAUCAGCGUCUCCAGCCACUCUUUGACUGUCUUCUGACCAUAUUGGUUAAUGUUUCACCUUAUAUUAAAACAAUGUCAAUGGUAACAGCAAACAAGCUCUUGCAUCUCUUGGAAGCAUUUUCAACGCCGUGGUUUUUGUUUUCAGCGCCUCACCAUCACCAUUUAGUAUUUUUCCUACUAGAAACAUUUAAUAAUAUCAUUCAGUAUCAGUUUGAUGGUAAUAGCAAUCUUGUGUACACUAUCCAUAAGAAAGAGACAAGUUUUUCAUGCAUAGCCAAUUUACCAACGGAUUGUGGGAGCAUAAACAAGUCUCUGAACAGAAGAGGGAAGAGAACACUACUUAGACAACCCUCCACAGAAUCUACACGAAGCACUACCAAAACCAUGGAAGGAGCUCAGCCAGCCCAGCCUGCCCAACCUGGGACUAAAACUGCCACUUUAGCUGCUAUGCCAGGUCUAGAAAAAAUGACUGAAAAGGAAUCUGCACAUCCUACGAUUCAGCAACUUGACGAGUUAACAACAUCGUCUACAGUUAAUGGUAAUUUAGUUGGGCCUAUAUCACCUACGUCUUUAGUUCCUCCUACCUCUAUUGGGGAGGAGAAUUCUUCUGCAGCUUCUACAAGUUUGUCUCCUCCAGUUCCCCUUGGUACCAGUAUUCAGCCACCAACUGAAGACCAAAAUCUACCCGACGUUGAGAACCUGGAGAUAUCAGAAAAGGACCAUGAGGAGAGUGUGUUAGUGGAUGAAGACAGAUUAUGUGAUUGGCUUGGACAACCAGGGGACACAAGUGACAGCCUACUCCUAAGUGAUAUUCAUGAAGAUUCACAAAUGCAGUCAUCUUCAAUGGUGGGAUAUUAGAAAGUUAUCAUUGCA